AUGGGGAACAACAUAUCUCUACAAAAGGAACCUGAAGACCAAGAAACUGUUCAAGGAACUUCAUAUGUGCAGGUUUCAUCAGAACCUCCUGGCGUCCUCCAAAAUGGGCAUGUUGAAAUCCAGCCUGUACAGACCGAUCCUUCUGCAAAUGGGGAUGCAGUGGAUGCAAGAGUGAGUGUUGUCCAGGAUAAUGUGGCCGUUUCUUCCCAGAAGACAAUGGAGAUAAGCUCCGUCUCUGAGGCCACUGGAAAUAAUCUUGGGAAUGAGGCCAAGACUGCCCCGCCAGCUGCCAAAUCCCGUUUUGCUUUUGCAUUUUCACGGCCUGUACCAGGACGUACCGGAGAGCAGGCGACAAAUUCAUCUGUUGAAUCAGCUACGCUUGAUGUCAGCUCAGAAGCACCCCAAGCAAACAAAGCGUCGACUGAGAGGGUGGGCCUUCCUGCCACAGCUGUGCCAGAAGACGCUCAGGAUAAAAACCUAAGCCAAGUCCCUCUCACUGAAAUUGAACUCACAGCACCAGCCAAGGCAGAGGAUGCCACUUUGCCCAAACCCAAAGAGCUAACCCUUUUUGACCGACUCUUCAGAGUGGAGAAGGGGAAAGAUAAGAGCAAAGCACAAGAACAAAGUCAAGUGGAGGAGCAGGUGGAGCAGCCUGUGAUAGUUGUCACAGCAGAAGACACUGCGGGAUUACAAAGCACCCCGGAUCAUGUCCUGCAGAGAAAGGACGUCAUAGAUGAGUGCAAGCAAAGUGCUCUGCAGCAGGACUCGGCAGGUGUCAAUUCUCAGGCCUCUGAGAAUCUCGCCCAAGAAGAGGUAAAGCCAGAGAGCGUUAAGACGGUGUCUGGGACUGACAAUUCCGUCAUGAGCUUCUUUAAAACACUGGUUUCUCCAAGCAAGGCAGAUUCCAAGGCCGAUUCUGAGGAUAAGGGAUCUCAAACAGGCCAAGGUGGGCAGCUUUCAGAGAAGACGGCGGCUGAUGCCCUUGUGAAAAGCUCCAAGAAAAAGAAGCCAGACAGCCCCAGAUUAGGACACAGUACCUUUAGCAAACUGUUUAGGCAUAAGGCAAAGAAAGAUGCCCAACAGACAGCAAAUACCAAAAGUACUGAGAACCUUGAUACAACGACUGUUGUAAAAUCGGAAACAAGCAUCCCUCCAUCACAGGAGAUUCCAACAACAAAGCAGAACACAAAAGCCCCUGAACCUGUCACACAACAACCAGCAACAGCAGCUGUGGUUAUUACCAAUGAAACUCCAAAAGAGAUUACAAAGGAGAGAUCCUCUUCUACUCCCACACCUCUAAGUAAAUUCUUCUGGAAAAAGACUCCAACAGAUGACAUAGAAGUGAUAAAUACUGAGAGAAUUGAAGCAUCUCCUGAAGUCCCAGCUAAAGAAGAAACCAAAACCCCAGAAGCUGCAGAAACAAAGUCCAAAGUAGAUGAGAAACCUACCAAAACAAACCUGAGGAAAUUCUUUAAAUUGACACUGGACUUCACAGACAGGCCCUUCACCCAGGCUGAGAACAAGGAACCUGUGGGCGAGAAGACUCAAGAGAGCUCAACAGAGAAGCUGAGCAUGCAGAAAGGAAACCCACAGGAAACCAGCAGGAACCAACGGGAAGAUCAGCAAAAUUCCAGAGAGCAAGAAACAGCUGAGACAAACUCCCUUCAGAAUGGAGGGGAUGCUGCGAAAGAAAGCACUCCCAAGAGGGCAGAGAAGAGGCAGUCACUUGGAGGGUUUUUUAAGGGUCUUAGCCCCAAACGGAUGCUUGAUGCCGAAGUGCAAACUGAUCCGGUCUCUAUCGUGUCUGUCGUGAAACCCAAGUAAUGAAUACUCUGAAGCAACUGAAGAAUCA